AGGGUUUCAGUUGCAUUACGUACAAUGUACACAGAUCAUGUUCAAGAAAUUCGUGUCUUUCCGUCGCACGUGCACGAUGGACUCAGUUAACGAGAGACCACUUCACCAGUCGAUACGCUUAUAAAUACCACUGUUGUUCCUGGCAUUGGGACAAUUCCAAAAAAAGCAAAACGCGAUAGAAAAAUCAGUGCUACACGGAAGUACGUAUCAGGGAAGUUUGAGUGUGCUUUUCACGUGAUCCAGACCAGAUUCGACACGAUGUAUAUGUAUAUGUUCGGUGCAUGUGAGCGUAAGCGUGCGCGUGCGUGUAAGUAUGCGUUACGAGUACGAGUGUGAAUCGAGCACAUGUGCAUAUAUGAAACUACUUAAAUUCAUUGUGACUAGAUCUAAACCAGAACUUGUUAAUUUUCUCAUAAAAUCAAUAUAAAUGUUGUGCAGUUUUUUUUAAUGUGGUUUUACAUAAGAACUUUCAUAUUAUUAUGACGCGGACAACCGAGACUUUGAUUCACUCGCGGAAGGAAGGAUCUGCUGUAGACAAUAUCAUGUCACUACCUUUAUCAGAAGAUAAAGCCUGCGAAACUAAUAGGACACAAUGGCGACAAUGGUUAGCAUGUAUUUCUGCGACAUUAUCUAUGGUGGCUGUUGGCACCGUAUAUGGAUGGACAACCACUUCUUUGUCUCGACUAACGUCUGGGGACAGCGACGUACCCGUGAAACUAACGGACGACGAGUGUUCAUGGAUCGUCUCCCUAACUGUGAUCGGAUCUAUGAUCGGACCCUUUUUAGGAGCCUAUUUAGCUGACAGAUUAGGUCGUAAACGUGGCCUUUUGUUAUCAAGUGCCUUCUUUAUCAUUGGCUGGAUUAUUGUACUCUUUGCAGAAACUGUUACAGCUUUAUAUAUUUCCCGAAUAAUACUCGGUAUAGGAGUUGGAAUUUCUUAUACUACGAAUCCUAUGUACAUAUCCGAAGUAGCUGAUGUUAAUAUCAGAGGCGCUGUGGGUACUUUAAUAGCAGUGAACGUUUUUACUGGAUCUUUAUUAACGUGCAGUAUAGGACCCUGGGUAUCUUACCAAGUUUUAGCAGGGAUCCUCUUAGUAAUACCAAUUUUGUUUAUUUUCUGCUUCAUUUGGUUUCCCGAAACACCUCAUUUUUUAGCUGUCAAGGGCUACAAAGCAGAAGCUUCGAAGUCAUUAGCAUUUUUCAAGGGUAUUCCUGAUAUCAACGAAGCAAAAGGGGAGUUGUAUUUAGUUGUACGAGUGCCUUCCGAAUCGCAUAAAUCUCGUUUAUCGGUGAAUUCAACUCAGAGCACGAAGAUAAUCAAACAUACUUGGUUAGCUAAAUUGAAGAUAAUGCGAUUAUCUAAUAACUUUAGAGCUCUAAGUAUUAUUCUUGGUUUAAUAACUGCCCAGCAACUUAGUGGAAACUUUAGUACAAUGCAGUACUUGAAAGUCUUGUUUGAUAAAGCGGCGGUUGGUAUUGACUCAAACGUAGCAACUAUUAUAGUAUUGGCUGUUGGGCUUGUUUCCGGUGGUUUAGCUACCGCAACAGUAGAAGGAGCUGGAAGGCGACCGCUUUUAAUGAUUUCUAGUCUAGGUUCAUUUGUUACUUUAGCCGUUCUUGCGAUCUAUCUUAUGCUUGAAGCGAGACACGUUGACGUUUCUGCAGUUAAUUAUCUUUCUGUGGUUGAUGUAAUUCUAUUUCAAGUAGCGUAUCAAGUUGGUCUGGGUACAUUGACUAAUGCUCUUAUUGGGGAACUAUUUUCAUCUGAAGUGAAAGGCGUUGCCAGUGCCAUUGUUACAGUUUUUGAUGGAAUACUCGGUUUCGCUGUUUCCAAACUAUAUCAAGUUAUUGGCGAUAGUCUAGGGUCACACACAGUUUACUUCUUUUUCUCAGUAUCCUGUUUCCUGGCGUUUUUAAUGAUACUGUUCUUUGUGCCAGAAACCAAAGGUAAGACGUACAGUGAAAUUCAAAUUCUCCUUAGUAGGAGGAAUGGUAAGAAUAAAAAAGUAUGUGUUGAGGAUGUUUUGGCAUAGUACAUUGUAUUAAAUAGUUUAUAUUGCACACAAUUCUCUAC